GGCGCCGUGCGGGCUUCUGGCUGAUAGGAGCGUCUUUUCUCGUUGCUGUUUGCGGCUUCUCUUGUUGAGUUGUGCGGAGCUUCUCGGCCGUCCCCACUGGCCACCAUGUCCGCCCAGGCGCAGAUGCGGGCCCUGUUGGACCAGCUCAUGGGCACGGCUCGGGACGGUUCAGUGUAUCUUUGCCUGCCUACAUCAAUCUGCAAGGGAGUUGCAGAAAAGCCUCAUGUUCAUCGAGCCGAGAUGAAACCAGACAGAGGGUCAAGUUUACAGAUGACCGUGUCUGCAAGAGUCACCUUCUGGACUGCUGCCCCCAUGACAUCCUUGCUGGGACGCGCAUGGAUUUAGGAGAAUGUACCAAAAUCCACGACUUGGCCCUUCGAGCAGAUUAUGAAAUUGCAAGUAAAGAAAGAGACCUGUUUUUUGAAUUAGAUGCUAUGGAUCACUUAGAGUCCUUCAUUGCAGAGUGUGAUCGGAGAACCGAACUUGCCAAAAAGCGGCUGGCUGAAACACAGGAGGAAAUCAGUGCAGAAGUUUCGGCUAAGGCAGAAAAGGUACAUGAAUUAAAUGAAGAAAUAGGAAAACUUCUUGCUAAAGCCGAGCAGCUAGGAGCUGAAGGAAAUGUGGACGAAUCCCAGAAGAUUCUUAUGGAAGUGGAGAAAGUUCGUGCAAAGAAAAAAGAAGCAGAGGAAGAAUAUAGAAAUUCCAUGCCUGCAUCUAGUUUUCAACAGCAAAAACUCCGUGUUUGCGAGGUUUGUUCAGCUUACCUUGGUCUCCAUGACAAUGACCGUCGGCUUGCAGACCACUUCGGGGGCAAGUUACACCUGGGGUUCAUUCAGAUCCGGGAGAAGCUUGAUCAGUUGAGGAAAACUGUGGCUGAAAAACAGGAAAAAAGAAAUCAGGAUCGAUUGAGGAGAAGAGAGGAGAGAGAGCGAGAAGAGCGCUUGGGCAGGAGGUCUGGAUCAAGAACCCGAGAUCGCAGAAGGUCACGCUCCCGGGAUCGUCGACGGAGGCGGUCUAGGUCUGCCUCCAGAGAGCGGCGGAAGUUUUCCCGUUCCAGGUCCCGAGAUAGAUACAGGCGCCAUCGCAGCCGUUCCCGGAGCCACAGCCGGGGUCACCGCCGGGCUUCCAGGGACCGGAGUACAAAAUACAAGUUCUCCAGGGAGCGCUCAUUGAGAGAGGAAUCCUGGGAGUACGGGCGGAAUGAACGAGGGCCCACUGACUGGAGGCUGGAGAAUUCCAAUGGCAAGACUGCAUCGCGGAGGUCGGAGGAGAAGGAGGCUGGCGAGAUCUGAAUCUGGCUCAGGCGCUGUAAAUAGUCUGACAAAUGUUCGGCACCGCCUAAAUUACCCUUUAUAUUUGCUGAUACAACUCAUCUUUUGUAGUUAAAAUUUCUAUUGUUUGGUCCUAGCUGUGAGUCUCUAGAGUUGUUCAGAGCUGCUUCUGUGUUUGGGGUUACAUUGUAUAGGAACAAAUAAAUGUGGCGGCUGCCUCCUGACAGCUGUGUUGGGGUAUCUGCUGUCCUCUACAGUAGAGGCACUUCACUAGGACCCGCACCUGUGGAGCAAAGGCUGGUGCUGCCGUUACCUGAGGAAACUGACCAAAUGUCUGACCAAUUGAAUUUUUGGCACUCCCAACACACUUAACUGAGCCAGAUGUAUGUGGCUUCCCUUCCUGGUUCACACUCUGCAUCUUAGCUGCUCAUGUACUCUCAGUGCAGACAUAGAACAGGUUCUGUGGAUGGGAGAAGGAGCCAUAUGACACAAUUAUUUCCCUAGGAAGAGCUGUAUCUGUUGAAACCUUAGCUCAGGUCAGCUACACUGCAGUUCCAUUUUGUUACUUAGGUGGAAUAAAGACAUAGAUGACCUGCUAAUCAAGGAGGCCUUGAGGGAGAGUUACAGCUUAGGUCAGGUAUUCUGGGAGGUUUAUACUCAAGACAGGCUAACCGUUACCCCCUGAGCAUUUGUUGUUGCUCACAAGGACCAAUGCCUUAAGACCAAAGUGAAGCCCAAAUAGAAAGGAUCACUGAAUAGGAGUUGGCUUCCCUUCACUUGUCUUGGGGAGGGAGGUAUUACAGUUUGUUUUUGGAGGGAACUUUAGUAGGUUGUGUUAAAUGAAAAAGCCC